UAAAUCCAUUCAUCCAAGAUGAAGAAUAUGGUUCUCAUUCCAUUCCUUUUGGCUCUUCUUUCAUUCACAUCACAUGCUACUGAUGAUAAAGUAAAUAAUUUCUGUGUAGCAGACCUCAAGGGUCCAAAUAGCCCUUCUGGCUAUCAGUGCCUGCCACCUAAUAGUUUGACAGUAGAUAACUUUGUGUUCAGCCUUCCAGUUUCAAACACCUCAAACCCUAUCAAAACAGGAAUUAGCUCUGCGUUUGUUAACGACUUUCCUGCUCUCAACGGUCUUGACAUCUCUGCAUUAAGUGUGAUUAUGGAUAGUGGUGGAUAUAUUCCAAUGCACACACAUCGCGGUGCCACUGAACUAAUAAUCAUGGUGGAAGGUCAAAUGACUGCUGGAUUCUUAACACAUGAUGCAUCUUAUGUGAAGACAUUGAAACCGGGAGAUCUUAUGGUUAUUCCACGAGGACUUAUGCAUUUUGUAGCAAAUUAUGGGAAGGACAAAGUGGUUGCUUUUGCUGCUUUUAGUAGCUCAAACCCUGGUAUUCAUUCAUUUAAUGAUAUAUUCUCCAACAACCUACCUUCUGACAUACUUGCACAGACUACCUUCCUUGAUGUUGCGCAAGUGAAGAAGCUUAAGGAUCGUUUCCAUGGCAGUGGUUAGCUAGGUUUGCUAGCUUAUUAAUUCAUAUUUUUUAUCUAAUAGUCAUCAUCAACGAUAAGCUUGUUCGUGUGUUUAACCAAUAGCAACUAGGAUUGCUAUAGCUUGUUGACGUGUUGUUCCAAUAAUCAUAAUUAAGAAUAAACUUGUUUGUGUGUUUCACUUUUCCA